AUGUGGAAGCCACCGAUAGACUUCCUUACCCUGCAUUAUGCAUGGAUCAUCACCCUGAGUAUUUUAAGCUUAGUGAUCAUCUAUCCGUAUGGCAAUCUCCGAGCGAUCGAUGCCUACUUCUUCGGCGCGAGUGCAUCGACUGAGUCGGGGCUGAAUACAAUAGAUGUCAAGGACUUGAAAACCUACCAGCAGGUCUACAUAUAUCUCAUUCCCAUCUUUGGAAAUCUUGGAUUCAUCAACAUCAUCGUGGUCGUGGUUCGGCUGCGCUGGUUUAAGAAGCGCCUUACGGAGAUUGCGCCGCAUGUUCUAAAGCCGCAGCUACCAGUUGAACAAGACACCGAAGCUCAGCAUCAAGCAGAGAGGGUUUCGAAAGAUAUUCCAGAUGUUGCGAGCCUGCAGGAUAUCCAAUACACAAGAUCGAGAGAGAAGAAUGAUGAGGCUGAAGCCAAUGAGGGGCCAAAAUUUUCCUCGAGGUCGGCUUCGCUACACCAGCACCCACUCCUCGAAUUGGAAACUGACCUAUAUAGUGACUCCCCCGAUCAAUCAAUAGAGCCAUAUGCCGAUGCUGAUAUAAAAGGGCCUGUGUCCAACCUUGCUUCACGCCGACAAGCUAUUCAGUUUGUCGAUGAUGACCAGGACUCAUCGAUGAUUGAUAGACCCCUCUAUAUCCCCCCACCAUGGAGACGUGAUAGAGGUGGUUCAUUUGUUGAAGUUGACGAAGACAACAUUGAUGAUGGUGAUUUGAUCCAACCUCCUAUCCUGAACUGUUGGCAACUAUAUGCUAACAGACAGUCGAUCAAAGCCAAGUCUAUAGUCUCCACAUACACCGGCCAAGAGCGUAUUGAACAUGGCCUACGUCGUCGGCAGACUGCAGUGAGUAUCUACUCAGCUACGACGCGGCCGCUUGAGCAGGCUGCUUCCAUGAUGUUUCGAGUUGGGAGAUCUUCGGGCCCCAGGCCGAGUCAAAGCUCUCUGUCAGGGAACAAAAGCAAAUUCAAGCAGCUCGCUCUGCCAAAUAUUUCUUCGCAAGCUACACAGAGCCGAAACUCCCAAUUUCACCACCUAACUGCUAAGGACCGCGAGAGGCUAGGUGGUAUUGAAUACCGCAGCCUGAAGCUGCUGCUAAAGAUUGUGGUCACUUAUUUUUUUGGUCUGCAUCUUUUCGGAGCGAUUUGCCUGGUAGGGUGGAUUAAGCAUGCCGACCCGAAAUAUCGGGCUUAUCUUGCAGAAUGUGGCCAAGGCAAUGUAUGGUGGGGGUUCUACUCUGCCCAAACGAUGGUUGACAACCUCGGCUUUACACUGACACCAGACUCAAUGGUUUCCUUCCAAGAUGCGACAUUUCCACUGAUCGUUAUGAGCUUUCUUGCGUUCGCUGGAAAUACCUGCUAUCCAUGUCUCCUUCGCCUGAUCAUUUGGCUCAUGUAUAAGCUCUGCCCGCAGAACUCGUCAAUGAAGGAGACGCUUAGCUUCCUCCUUGAUCAUCCACGACGAUGCUUUACACUCCUCUUUCCAAGCCGACCGACAUGGAUUCUGUUUGGUAUCUUGUUCGUUAUGAACACCAUCGAUGUGAUUUUUAUCAUCGUCCUGGAUUUGCACAACCCUGCUGUCAACAACCUGGCGGCUGGUCCGCGAGUACUUGCUGCCAUUUUUCAAGCAGCAUCCGCUCGUCAUACAGGAGCAUCCACGUUCAAUUUGGCCAAUGUCAAUCCUGCAGUCCAAUUCAGCUUGGUUGUCAUGAUGUACAUUGCUAUCUUCCCGAUUGCUAUCAGUGUUAGGGCUUCCAACGUUUACGAGGAGAGAACUCUUGGAGUUUAUAGCGCAGAGGCCGCCGCUGAUGAAACCAACGGCCGGUCCUACAUCAUCGCUCAUAUACAAAAUCAGCUGAGCUUUGACUUGUGGUAUAUUUUCCUAGGUUGCUUUUGCAUCUGCAUUGCCGAGUCUGGUAAAAUCGCCGAUACAAGUAUACCAGCAUUCUCUGUUUUCUCUGUUUUGUUUGAAGUGGUGUCGGCCUAUGCCAAUGUUGGUCUCAGUCUUGGGUAUCCCACUGUCAAUACAUCCCUUUCUGGGGAGUUCAACACUUUUAGCAAACUCAUUAUUUGCUUCAUGAUGAUUCGAGGCCGUCACCGCGGAUUGCCGUACAGAAUCGAUCGUGCCAUUAUUCUCCCUGGGGAACAAUUUGUCGAUCACGACAGAGAUGAAGAUACACCACAGCAAAGAGAGUUAUCGGAGUAA